UCCGUUCAUUCUACUCGGCGUAGACAACGUGCGGGCACGCUGCUUCCAUCACUUUAAUUUCACUGGAAAAUUUGGACUUUUGGGGAUUCCGAUCGAGCGAUUGAUUGAAGAUGUACAGACUACCAACAAUGAUGCGAAGUGUGGCUUCACGCCAGCUGCAGUACCAAGCGAGGAUGUACGCCAAGGACGUGCGUUUCGGUCCCGAGGUGCGUGCACUCAUGCUCCAGGGCGUCGACAUUCUCGCUGACGCAGUGGCUGUCACCAUGGGUCCAAAGGGACGCAACGUCAUUCUAGAACAGAGCUGGGGCAGUCCGAAGAUCACGAAGGACGGAGUCACAGUCGCCAAGGGAAUCGAACUCAAGGACAAGUUCCAGAAUAUUGGAGCUAAACUAGUACAGGAUGUGGCCAAUAACACCAAUGAGGAGGCUGGUGAUGGCACCACAACUGCCACUGUCUUGGCCAGAGCCAUUGCCAAGGAGGGAUUCGAGAAAAUCAGCAAAGGGGCUAAUCCAGUUGAAAUUCGUAGAGGUGUCAUGAUGGCAGUAGACAAGAUCAAAGAGGAACUGAAGAACCUCUCGAAACCGGUGACGACCCCCGAAGAGAUCGCCCAGGUCGCCACGAUCUCCGCAAACGGAGACACAGCGAUCGGCGCCCUAAUCUCCUCCGCCAUGAAGCGAGUGGGAAAAGACGGCGUGAUAACCGUGAAGGACGGAAAGACCCUGCACGACGAGCUCGAAGUGAUCGAGGGCAUGAAGUUCGACCGCGGCUACAUCUCCCCCUACUUCAUCAACUCGACGAAAGGUGCCAAAGUGGAAUUCCAGGACGCACUAGUCCUCUUCAGCGAGAAGAAGAUCUCCUCGAUUCAGAGCAUCGUUCCAGCACUUGAGCUCGCCAACUCCAUGAGAAAGCCCCUGGUCAUCGUCGCCGAGGACAUUGAUGGGGAAGCCCUGACGACCUUGGUCUUCAACAGACUGAAGAUUGGCCUGCAGAUCGCAGCUGUCAAAGCUCCGGGCUUUGGGGAUAACAGGAAGGCGACUCUUCAAGACAUGGCCAUUGCCACUGGGGGAAUUGUCUUCGGGGACGAGGCCAAUCUGGUUAAGAUUGAGGACGUGACUGCCAGUGAUCUCGGACAGGUCGGCGAGAUAGUGAUAACGAAAGAAGACACCCUCCUCCUGAAAGGCAAAGGCAACAAGCAGGACAUCGACCAGCGAGCUGACCAGCUGCGCGACCAGAUCGAGAACACCACCUCGGACUACGAGAAGGAGAAGCUCCAAGAGCGCCUGGCAAGACUAUCAGCAGGAGUGGCAGUGCUGCGAGUUGGUGGUAGCAGCGAAGUCGAGGUGAACGAGAAGAAGGAUCGAGUCCACGACGCCCUGAACGCCACGAGGGCAGCUGUUGAGGAGGGAAUAGUCCCUGGAGGAGGCACUGCCCUCCUCAGGUGCACCCCAGCCCUGAAGAGCCUGAAGCCAGGGAACAGUGAUCAAGCCACUGGCAUUCAGAUUGUCGAGAAUGCCCUUCGCAUGCCCUGCCAGCAGAUCGCAGCUAAUGCUGGGGUUGACGCCAGUAUGGUUGUGGCUAGAGUCACUGAUGGAAAAUUGGGGUACGACGCCAUGAACAACGAGUACGUCGACAUGAUCGAGGCAGGCAUCAUCGAUCCCACGAAAGUCGUGAGGACUGCUCUCACUGAUGCUGCUGGGGUUGCUUCACUGCUGACAACUGCUGAGGCUGUCAUCACUGAAAUUCCCAAGGAGGAUCCACCUGCCAUGGGCGGCAUGGGUGGCAUGGGAGGAAUGGGCGGUAUGGGAGGCAUGGGCGGCAUGGGAAUGUAGAGGGCACAAGGUUAAGACUGAAGAACUGAUUGUUUCACACUGUUUAUCGAAUCGCCAAUUAUUACGUGGAACGAGUAUCUCUGGGAGUAGUGGGUUUGGAAGAAAUUUGGGGGGAUCUUGCCAGAUAAUGUCUCUUGAUGCUUUUCGGUGGAUUCAGCGGUUUAGGGGAGAUUACGAGAUUUAACAGCACUUUUUUUGGUUUCUUAGGUCGAAGGAAAAGUUUAAUUGGAUUGAAUAAAGCGAUAUCUCGGGAACUAGUGGGUUUGGGAAGAGAAUGGUGAGGAAGUUUUUGUGCAGAAUUUCGAGAGCUACGGAAAAGGUAUUAUGACUUUUUGCGAUAGAACCAGGAGUUUUAGAGAUAUUGCCAAUUUUUUCAGAGGAUUCUUUUCAUGAGGCUUGAAUUAUCGUUGAAACAAAUGGAUUUAGAGGACAAUACCGAGAGACAUCUUUCGUAGAAAAUUUCGUAAUUUACGAGAAAAAUAUUUCUUCGGAAAAUCCAGUAGUUUUGGAGAUAUUCUAACAUUUCUCAGAGCAUUCUUUCUUCUCCAGGGAGAAAUUCAUUGUUUUUCCUUCAAUAAAACUCGAGAUAUCUCGUAAACUAGACGAUUUGGAAGAAAAUGUCAUGAGAUAUUUUUUUAGCCCAUUAAAUUCCCCAGAAAAAAUCCCUUCUGACAUUUUUCUCUAAACCCCCUAGUGCUGGAGAUAUUGAGCAUUUUUUUAAAGCGAAACAAAAAUGAACUUUCUUUCAGACCUGAUAAUUCUUAAUGUUUUUUUUUCUUUCUGAGGAAUUGUUUAAUGGGCUGAUUCGAUGGUUAGGGACCUUGGAGACAUGUCUCCAAAAACGACACAGACAUUCGACAAGUAUCUUACAUUAAGAUUGACGAUUUUUCCAUCACUAAAAACCUUGUGCUCUAGGUGGUUGGGAAGGCAUUUAUCGGGAAUUUAUGGCUGCCAUCAUUGCCACUGUCAUGUUGGCACUUGGUGUUACGUAACACUAAUGAGGAUAGAGUUCACUGAAUUUAAUGAGUUUAGAUUUUCUGGGAGAGUAGAGUAGUGAAUUGGUGAAACGAGAUGAAAAACUGACCCAAUGAUUUUUUAAUGUUUCAAAAUCUGAGGGGAUGGGAAAAUUUUCGUGGGAAUUUUUCUAGGAGAGGGGAUUGAAAGCUACAGAAAAGUCAUCACGAAACUUUUUGUGUCACCUCUAGAUCCACCAAAAAAGUUUCACCAGUUCACUGAGGAUUUAUUUUCCAUUGGAUACUAAUUUUUCCUCAGUUCUGACUAAAAUUGCGAAUUGUUCCAAAUGCUGCAUUGCGCAAAUACCCUGUGCAUUUAAAAAAAUGAACAAAAUACCUGUUAUCUGAGUGUUCCUGUUGAAGGAUGGAAGUGUAAAAAUAUCUUAAAAUACCGAUUUAUCCAUAGUACAUGUUUUUUUAACAGUUAAUUCUUUAUUUUUCACUAUUAGUCUAAAUAAAAAAUGUCGAAAAUACA